CAAUCAGCACAAUCACCAAACUUCACCACUCAUACACUAUACAUAAAUACCCCUUUCCACCUCCCUCCAUUCAUAAUAACAUAUCAUCUCUCUCAAGAAAAAAGAAGAAGAAGAGGCCAUAGCCAUGCCUGACCUAUCAAACCCAAAGAAGCUCCACAUAGCAAUGUACCCAUGGGUAGCCAUAGGCCACAUAACCCCCUUCAUCCACCUAGCCAACUCCCUCGCCUCCCGCGGCCACACAAUCUCCAUCCUCCUCCCUCAAAAACCCCUCCUCCAGCUCGGCCACCACAACCUCCACCCCUCCCUCAUCCACUUCCACGUCAUCACCAUCCCCCACGUCCCGGGCCUCCCCCCGGGCGCCCAGACCGCCUCCGACAUCGACAUCACCGACAAAGACCCCCUCGCCAUCGCCUUCGACUCCACCGCCCCCCAGGUCGAGUCCCUCCUCCUCUCCCUCCGCCCCGACCUCGUCUUCUACGACUUCGCCGACUGGAUCCCCUCCCUCGCCGCCUCCGUCGGCGCCAAAACCGUCUGCCACAACGUCAUCUGCGCCUCCUGCAUGGCCAUCGGCAUCGUCCCCUCCCGUCCCAUCCCCAAACACCGCCCCAUGACCGCGGAGGAGCUCGCCGAGACUCCCCCCGGCUACCCCUCCUCCACCGUCGUCCUCCGCGGCCAGGAGGCCCUCUCCCUCUCCUUCAUCGCCAUGGACUACGGCGCCUCCCGCUUCGACGCCCGGAUAACCGCCGCCAUGAGCCGCUGCGACGCCAUCGGCAUCCGCACCUGCCGGGAGCUCGAGGGGCCCAUGUGCGACUACUUGUCCGACCAGUACAAAAAACCGGUCCUGCUGACCGGUCCGGUUCUCCCUCCAGUUUCUGCCCAUGGGCAGAAACUGGAGGACAGGUGGGAAACCUGGCUAUCCAGUUUCCCGCCAAAAUCAGUGCUAUACUGCGCCUUUGGGAGUCAGAUGAUCCUGAAAAAGGAGCAGUUUCAGGAGCUGGUGCUAGGGUUUGAGAUGACGGGGCGGCCGUUCUUCGUGGCGGUGUCGAAGCCGCACGGGGCGGAGACGGUGGAGGAGGCGCUGCCGGAGGGGUUUUUGGAGAGGGUGGGGGGGAGGGGGGUGGUGCACGGGGGGUGGGUGCAGCAGGCGCAGAUACUGAGCCACCCCUCGGUGGGGUGCUUCGUCAGCCACUGCGGGUUCGGGUCGAUGUGGGAGUCGCUGCUGAGCGAUUGCCAGAUCGUGCUCGUCCCGCGGCUGGCGGAUCAGAUACUGAACACGCGCCUGCUGGCCGGGGAGCUGGAGGUGGCGGUGGAGGUGGCGCGUGGGGACAUGGGGUGGUUCUCGAAGGAGGACCUGUGCGCGGCCGUGGAGGCGGCGAUGGAGGAGGGGAGCGGCGUCGGGGAGGUGGUCAGGCGGAAUCAUGCAAAGUGGAGGGAGGUGUUUUCAGGGGAAGGCUAUAUGGAGAAUUAUAUUGAUGGCUUUAUCCAACAAUUGUACCAACUUUAGGGUUUUAAUUACUACUUUUAAGAUUUGUGAUUGUAUUAAUGUGUAAAGCAUGUCUUGAAAUUUGAUAUAUGCAUUAUAUGAGUGUUUGGCAAACAAUUGGACCAACACUUUUUUAGGCUUUGGUUGAGAUCUUGUUGUAAGGAGUAUAUGUGAAGUGGAGUUUAUGCAAUGUCUUUCUUAUUUAUGGAAACUAGACCAUUUACUCAUCA